UUCCCCGCCCCGAAUUCCUGCUCGCCUGAGAACGAAGGGGCGACAUUUCUCAAGGAAGCUGAGGGGAAAGUUUCGAUAACACUGGCGACGGACGAGCAACUUAGACCCAACUUUGCGCUGACAGCACCAAAUUCAGUCCAAAUCGCGACCUGACGAGUGUUUUUUUACGGAUACGCUGAUAAAUAGUCGUUUGUGGAGUUGAUAAAGCGACGCUGCGCGUGGCCAUUUACUACAGAUCGAGGCAUGGAAAUAAUGGAUAGCGGGGAACCGUUUUUACAAUGGGACAAAAAUCUCAGCGAAUUGUCCGAGCCCGGGGAAAACGACAUUUUAUACAGCACUCACUUCACCGAGCUGCUGGAUGAUCUGUCCCAAGAGGCUUUGCUGGGUCAGUUGUUAAGUGACCCGUUCCUGUCCGGCCGUGGAGAUGCUAUGGACACGGAGGAGGAUCUGACCCCUGCGUCUCCAGUGCCGCCACACAUUCAAGCCGAGCACAGUUACUCGCUGUGCGGAGACUCGCGCCCACAGUCGCCCCUGUCCCAUCUGCCCGGGGAGCCCGGCAGCGACGCCGGUGACACAGACAAUGACGAGUGGCCCAUGGAGCAGGAGGAUAAAGGGCUGAAGAUGGAGCCUCUGCUGCUGCCCACCCUGACCCUCACUCUGACCCCCGAGGGUCCCGCCUCUGAGCCUGUGACUGACGCCUUGCUGACCCCUCCGGCCGCUCCGGUGAAGGAGGACCGCGAGAGUCUCAUCCCUCAGAUUAAACUGGAGCCACACGAGGUGGAUCAGUUCUUAAACCUCUCACCCAAAGGCCUGGAGUCUCUGCAGAUGCCUCCCACUCCUCCCAGCUCUCACGGCAGCGACUCGGAGGGCAGUCAGAGUCCCGUUCACCCCUGUGCCCCCGCCAGCCCCACACAGACCCCCGCUGUCCUCAAGGUGGCGCCGAGAGCCCCGUCUUCCCUCUCCAGCUCUCCUCUGCUGACCGCACCUCAUAAACUGCAGGGCUCCGGGCCUCUCCUGCUGACGGAGGAGGAGAAGCGCACGCUCAUCGCUGAGGGAUAUCCCGUGCCCACCAAGCUGCCCCUGUCCAAAGCUGAGGAGAAAGCACUGAAGAAGAUCCGCAGAAAGAUCAAGAACAAGAUUUCAGCACAAGAGAGCCGCAGGAAAAAGAAAGAGUACAUGGAUGCUUUGGAGAAGAAGGUGGAGACCUGCUCCAGCGAGAACAGUGAGUUACGCAGGAAAGUCGAAACACUGGAGUGCACCAACAAGUCUCUGCUGCAGCAGCUGCACUCGCUGCAGGCGGCGGUGGCAGGAAAGGUCCCGCGGUCCUGCAGGGUGACGGGCACCCAGACCUCCACAUGCCUCAUGGUGGUGGUUCUGUGUUUUUCCGUGUUCUUGGGGAGUUUCUACCAAAGCCUGAGCCCCUGUUCCUCCAUCACCAAAACAGAGCUGAGCAGAGAGAUCUCCAUACAGGACUCAUACACCACUACAGUGAGGUCCCGGAACCUGUUGUCCAUUCCAGAGCACGGGGGUCUGGACGAGCCUUAUCCCGUCGGGCUGGGAGGAGAUUAUCCCGAUUGGGACCGUCAGGCCGAUGUAAUGGCAGCUUGGCGUUUAGAACAGCAGCACAAACAGGAGCAGGCGGAGCUUCGUGAAGCAGAGCCCCGCCCACUUAUUAAAAACACCAAUGAAACACAAGGACAGAAGGCCAUUUUAAUAGACCUGCACACACACAGGUCAGAUCAGUGGUCAAACGAGACGGCUAAAGUCUUACAGCUGGAGAGGACCUGAGAUCCCUGCAGCGGCGGGCCAUAGGCCUCAUAUUUAUAGUACUGAUUUACUUAGAUAUCCUUUUUUUUUUUUUUAUAAACACAAAAACUCAAAAAUGUAUUUUUAUUCCAUUCCAGCAGUAUAUCAAAUUUUGCUACUCAUGUACACUGUUAUCUUUUUUUAUGUUUUGAAUUUGUGUUUUAAUAUUCUUUCUUUUCCCUUUUUCGCCUAUUUGCCCCAUGCUACUGAGAUUUUGUAGUAAUAUAUUGCAUUUGCAUCUGUUUCCAUUUUCACAUGACAACGAUGUAGCAUGUCAAUCAAAAUACAGUUCCAAAGAUUAAAAAAAAAAUAGUGCAAAGAUUAAAACUGUAUUACGAUUAUAGACUAAAAGCUCUGUUUGCAGUUUGAAGAUGGCGAAUUUCCAAAGCAUUUGUCUGAAUAUGUAAAUAUUUGCAGUAUCCUGUAUUGUAAGUGAGAUGGGAGAGAUAUGAAUUGAUGUGAUUGAUAUCAGUGAAGAUGUGGGACAAUAUGGGCUUGACAUGAAAAGGACGGAUGCUCUCUGUCCCUGAAGUCCCUCGUAUGACGUUGCCCUCUUUAUUAAGGACAGAUGGCCCUUUUUGUCCUCAUCUGGCCACCAUCCAACCCCCGUCUGCACUCUUGAGGGAGUAAAAGACGCUCGGUGACAAGUCUAGCGAUAUGAACAGUUGUGACGACCCGAGUCCCGAGCGAUCUGCGACUCACUUGCACUGCGUCCUUGUAGAAUUGAUCUGUUAUUUAUUAUUUUUUAGCAUGCCUGCCAUCCUUUUAUCCUGGAAGCAAGAGCAUUUUUGAAGGAGAUGGUUUUGUCGUGAUGUGAUGCAUUCAGAUGCAAACAUUUGUCACGCAACAUCCAUGUCGGAAAUGGUGUGCGUUUCUUAUGGAUUUGGCAUAACGUCUUAACUAUAUUACACUUUCAUUGCAUCACAAUGCAAUCUCUGGCUCUUCCUGAAAUCACUGUGCAUUAUGUCCUGUUUUUUCUGUGAGCAAAUAAAUAUUUUCCUUAGUAAAAGCAUUAUAAAUCAGA